AUGGGGCAAGAAAGACGACAACGAGGGUCCGCUGGCAAAUUUAGCGAAGCCGUGAACGUGCAAGCAGGACGAAGGACGGAUGACCCCGGCUACCAACACCAGCGUCAGGUCCAAGUCAGUCCAGAAAAUUCAGAGACGUCGCAAUCUUUGAGCGAGGCCGUGUAUCGCUGCAUAUGCAGUGCAGUUUUGGAUGCAGUGAUUUGGAGGUGA